CACCGAUCACAGUACUGCGUUUAAUUUUGUAUUCAAAUAAAUUAACUAAAAAUAUAAAAAAACAAAGCUUUGAUGUCAUUACGUUUUAAGAGACCAUUUUGUACAGAACAUAAUAUAAUGUGUCCUGUUUACAGUGGAAACUAAAGGAAUCGUUUUGUUUUUGUGUGAACUGUGAAGUGUCACUAUUUCAUUAUCGUUUGUUCCAAAUAAAAAUUUCACUCGUAAUUUUUUCUGCAUCUGAUCUAAGUGCUAAUUGGACAAUCGUCAAAUCAUUUUAUCAUGUCGCAAUGGUAAAAAUGAAUGAAAAUAUGUAUUCAGUCUUUAGUUAUUGAGCUCAGAUGACUGAAAAUGGAUAGAUUGAAUCAAAUACGUAGUGAAGCGGGAAGUUCCAAAGACUCAACAUUGGAUACGUCUUUAGCACCUAGUGAAGCGUAUUUGACCGCGAAUGAGAGCGAGUCUUCUAAAUUCUUUUCUUUAUCGGAAGUUGACUCCACAUUUAGCAUAUCUCCGACAAAAGAAUCAGCCUCAGCAACUACGGACGCUGAUGAAACAAUUGCUGAGCCUAAACUUAUAUCUAACUUGUCGCCAAUAGCGAAAUCUAACGAUAUAAGUAGUUUUAAAAUUGGAAAACAUAUAGAAGCAGCAAAUAUUUUAUCAGGUGGUGUAAAUAUUUUUGAGGAUAAUUCUUAUGAUGGUGAUGAGCUUGUUAUCGACGAUAAUGCAUGUAAAGACGACACCGAGGCGUCAAAAGAAAUUCCCGAAAGACUUCAUAAACUGGAAGAAAAUUCACCAGUUUCAUUGGAUGUUGCUGAUGUUAUACCAAGUAAAGAUACUGAAGUAGUCCUGCAGAUUGAUGGGAAAAAUGUAGAUGCUAUUGACAUUGGCAAUGACCUUUAUUUGUAUAGGCAAGCAGGUGGAGAAGAAUUGGCUGCUGUGCAAAUAUUGGAUGAUAACCAGAGCCAACAGCCAAGUUUUAAAUUUUUGAAAGUCCGAGAAAAUGCUGAAGGAAACCUAGAGGUGUAUGAAGAAAUAGAAAUAGAAGUCCCAAAAGAAUUGCCUAAGAAAAAAUCAAUGUCUGCUGGAGAGGAGCUAUGUAAGAUCCCCAAAGAUACACAUUCUGCUACCAUUUUUAAAAGUGAUGCUUCUGAAAAAGAUGUUACAUGUGUUGAAAAUAAUGCUUUUAAGGAAAAAGGUACAGAAACUCAGAAAGAGUCGAUUGAUACUAAAUCAGAAGUAAAUGUAAAUGGUAAAACCAUGAAAUUAAGUGAAUCUCGAAAAUCUCCUUUAAUAAAUACAUUUACACCUAUGACUUACCAUUCAACACCCAACAAAGAGGGAAUACCACUCACUAAAACAAUGGUUAACCAACAGCUACAACCAAGCCGGCAUUCAGAGAAUGUUAAGAAAACUAUAGAGGUGCAUAUAAAUAAUUCCAAGCAAAAGUUGGUAGAAACUUUAAAGUGCCCAAAAAUUGAAGUACUAAAGGAAGAAACCAAAAAUGCUGAUUUACCACAAUCAAGCAAAGCAAAGCUAGUUGAAGAUAAUAGUAGUAUUAACUUCAAUGAAGGUAUAAAUGACAAAAAAUGUGUCAAGCAACCUGAUGGAAUAUCCAAAAUAUCUGAUAUAAUUGUUAUUAAACCUGAAUUUUUAAAUGAAACUAAUAAUAAAGUAUGCAAUGACAGCCCCAAUUUACAGCCAGUCUCAAUUCAACCACCUGAAAAAUUAUCUUCACUAACAGCUAUAGAAACUGAUAACCUUAAAGCUAGCAAACCAUGUUUACAGUCAUUAUCAACAGCUAAAGUUGUCCCUAAAGAAAUUUCUGUAGAAACAACUGAUAGACAUAAUGAUUGUGAUUCUAGCAAAGUGUGUUUGAUUGAAAGUGUCAAAGAAAAUAACAAUUAUACUUUACAGUCUAUGACUACCAUUUCACUACCUAUUGAACCUUCAAAAAAAGAUUCUAUACAAUUAUCUUUCCAAAACAUUGGUAGUAAAGAUGUUUGCAUAGAGGUCCCUAUCAAGAAGUGUGUUAACAGUCAUAUUUUGCAACCAAUAUUAAUUAAAGAAAAUGAAAACUGUUCAUCACAAACUACAUAUAAAAAUAUUGAUUGUGAAGUAAAGGAGGUGUGCAUAGUUGAUCCUGUCAAGGAGUGUGACAAUAGUGUGAUAUCACAGCCUUUGUCAAAUAUAGUAGUACCCAAAACAGUUUCUCCACAAAGUACUAUUAAAAAUGAUUGCAAAGCUGAGGUGAUAUGCACAAUUGAGCCAGUAAAGGAAUGUACUAACAAACUUUGCUUAACGCCACUGUCAAAUGAACCACUCAAAAAAGAUUUACCACAAACAGCUGAUAAAAAUAAUGAUUGUGAAUCUAAGAUGUGCAAAAUUGACCCUGGCAAGGAAUGUAACAACAGUCCCAUUUUGAAUGUAUUGUCAAUUGAAGUACCUAAUGUUUGUUCACAAACAACUACCAAUAGUAAUGAUUGUAAAGCUCGUCAGAAGUGGAUAGGUGCACCUGCUGAUAAAAACAGUCUUAUCAUACAGACAUCAGAAAUGGAAGCGUCUGAAAAAAGUCCUUCACCAAAAUCUACUGAAAAAAGUGAAUGUAAGGCUGAUGGUGAUGCUUACACAGGUAUGCUAAGCUACGAUAUUGUCAAAUGUAUUGAAGAAAUCAAAUGUGAUAUGCCUUUAGAUUUAAAAAGUGGAAGUAUAAAAAGUUAUGAAGUUAAAGAAAUUAAUAAAAACCCAGCAAAAAUGGCUACUGAAUUAAAAAAUGAAAUUGAUGCAGUCCAUGAAAACAAAAAUUCAAGUUCAAAUGUAUCAAGCAAUAAAGCUCAGGUUCCAUUUGGGAAAUGGACUGAAGCAAACAGACAAGAGUUUUUAAAUAAGAUAAAAGAACCUAAAAUUACUGCAAGUGUACCUAAUACUAAUCAAUUAAAACAACCACAUGACUUAAAUAGAAGAGAUGUUUUGAAGAAAAUUGAUAGCCAGCGCCAAACAAGUAAUAGUCAUUUAUUGAAAGUUCAACAACUGAAAAUUAGCACUAAUAGUACUCCUUCAACAGCGUCCGCUUUCACUAAGGUUGAAUCCCAACCGAAAACUACAAAUAGUCUACCCCAAAAAUCUUCAAAUUCAGAUAAUAAGAAAAUGAUACCUAACACAAAUCUAACAGAUAUUAAGGAAAACAAGUUAGAAAAUCAGUCACCUCCUACAAAACAUAAAAAUGUUUUGAGAAAAGAAGUAUCCAGAAUAUACAAUAAUCAAGAUUUAAUAGAUAUUACAAUAGAAGAUCGUAUUAAUCGAGGUUUACCAAAGGUUACUCAUGGUGAUACUAAAAAUGUAAAAGAUGGAAUUACUAAAGACAAUGUUCCAAGCCUUAGCUCUGUGACAUUAGAUGAUAUAGAGAGAAAAAUGAAUGAAUUACAUGGUAUUCCUUUUGUUGAAAGGCCUGUGCAUGAGUUACCCCUUUCCAUUGAUAGCAAGCCAAGUACUUCAAAGGCAGAGGCAGGUAGUGAUAAAAAACAGACACUUGCGCCUUUUACAAAUAGCAAGCCAAGUACUUCAAAGGCAGAGGCGGGUAGUGAUACAAAACAGACACUUGCGCCUUUUACAAAUAAAAGCCACACUUUAAAAAAUGUUGGAAGUGAUUCGUUAUCUGAUGAUGAAAUUAUUGAACAUGAACCAAUUACGGGAGAUAUGGUUUUAUUACCUAAAGAAAAGUCAGGGGAAACUCCAUCUCAAAACACGAAUCUAGUUAAAAAAGACACUAUUAUAACAGAAAAAGAUUUUGAUAAAUUUGCUAGACGUAACUCCAUUACUUAUGAAAACUGCAUCACCGUAAAUUUUGAGAAAAGAGAUCCUCGUAAUGACAAUCAAACUAUCGUUGGGUUAGAUGUGCCAGUCAAGAAAUUGUCACGUAAUGAACUUAUGCUUGCAGAAUCAAAAGCAAAGUCUUCUCUAAAACAACAAAAUAUGAGACAGAUUAAUCAACUUAACAAAAUUCCAACAGCCGUCAGACAUUCUAAUGAAGUUAAUACUAACAAGAACUAUCAAUCCAAAGUUCAAAUCGCAUACCAAUCGGCUCUUACAGAAAAACGUCAGCAUGAAAUUCCCAUUUCAAUUAUUGAGGAUAAACCUGUUAAAGUUGUUUUCAUGGAUUCUACGAUAAAAUACCCAUUAGAACUUAAUAAGAUACAGGGUCAAGAUCUUUCCCCUUGCAAAAAGUCAGUAAUAGAAUCUGAAAAUGCUACCCUCAGUGCAUCUGAAUCACUAGAUUCAGAUACUUUAGAAGGUUCCUUGGAGAGUAAAAUAUCACAGGAAGAAGUUAAAGUUAAGACAAAGCAUCAAAGAAAGCAAGUGUUGACACCUGUAAUAGAGUCUGCGGAUAUGCAAUUAAUUGAACCAGGAGAUUUAGGAAUUGAUGUAAAAUCCAAAAAGAAACGUAAAAUUGACGACAAGAAUGAUAAAGGUAAACUCUUAGUAGUUCCAAAAAAAUCAUAUCUACUAAGCCGUAACAUUGACGGUAAGUUGUGUAAAAUACAAAACAUUGUAAAAAAUUCGGAGGAGCCUGUCAUUAGAAAUGAUGCAUACAUAGUUCACUCGGACCCUUUUUAUGCAAUUGAUAAUUUAGUUAAGGCUGCUGAGCUUAUUGAAACACAAUCUGAAAAUAAAGAUAUCAAGGUAGAAACACAUGUAAAUAUUCCCCAAACUUCACCCCCUAAAAGAGGGAGAGGUCGCCCUCGGAAAUAUCCAGUGCCUGAAAAAGAAGAAAAAUCUAAUCUCAUUCCAAGUCCCCAGAAAAAAAUAAAAAUAAUGGAUGAAAAAAGAGUUCGAAGUGAUUCGGAAUCUGAAAUAAGCAGUGGAGACGAAAUUGUAAAAGAGAAUUGGACUAUGGGAAAGAUAAAUGAAAAUAUAGUGUGCCCUAUAUGUUCUAAGCUAUUCCGUUCUGAGAAUGUUGUUUUUAAACACGUUAAACAUUGUACAGGCCCAUCUCCUAAUAGGUCUGACUCUGACAAGCUUAGUCCUCGUAAAGUACGAAGUUCAAGAGAUUUUAGACGAUUAUCAAUGGGGAGUCAAUCAGAUUUAGAAAGUGAGGACGAAAAUUUGGCUUCCAAUAUUUGUUUAUCGCCACCUUCAGAUAAUGUAAAAGAAAAGAUUUAUGAUGGAUUGAAAGAUAGAGAAGUGAAUAAAGUAAUUAAGACAAAUAUGAAACCUAUUAAUCAUGUUUGUGAAUUAUGUGGGAGAACUUUCAGACAGCUCUCAUAUCUUCUGAGUCAUAAACUUCAACAUCAUAAUAAAAAGUCUAAUGAUGAAAGUGUUAAUACAUCUGUCUUUAAUUGUGAAGUUUGCCAAAAAACAUUCAGAAAACUACACCAUCUGGUACAGCAUCGCAUUAUUCAUAAUCCAAGAAUGACUUCGAGAUUAAGCAGAAAAAGUUCUAUUGAAAACAAUGAUAGCAAAAUUCAUAAAUCUGAUACUUCGUUGAGAAAAACUGAGGAUCACAGCGCAGGAUUUCGUUGUGAGCCAUGUGAUAAGUCGUUUAGAAAACUCCACCAUCUUGUUGAACACAGAGAAACUCAUGAUGGCAUCAACAACAAAAAGACUGCAGCACUAAAUGUGCCACCUGAUGUAAAUAAACAAAAUGUACAUCAAUGCAAAAAAUGUAGUCUAACGUUUAAAAAGCUUCAGCAUUUAAUUGAACAUAAGGAUCAACAUUUGGAAACAAGCUCAGAUAAAUCGGACGAUAAAAGUGUUCAAAGCUCUCUUUCCACUAAAGAUAUUAUACAUGAAUGUUCAAUUUGCUAUAUGGUGUUUCCAAAUGAGCAUUCCUUAAAUAAACAUGCCUAUGCAUGUCAAAGAAAGAAGAAACAAUCAAUAAUUAAAAACUCUAAGCAAAAACUUAGUAACGAAACUGAAUCUGACUCUGAAGAAGCAAGUGCAGUUGCUGCUAUGUCAACAGAAAAAUCACAGAGUGCUAUUUUGAAGGAGAAUCCUGACGAAUCAUUAAAACACAGGGAUACUGAAGACAAAGAACUAAAAGCAAACUUAAAUGAUGAUAAAAUAGAAAGUAAAACAGAGAUAAUGGGUCAAUCAACAGUAGACUCUGAUAGUAAAAGUGAUGAUGAUUUACCUUUAGUUUGUGCUAAAGUUGUAAAACCUUUAGCCGAUAAAACAACAUAUGAAACAAAUUGUAUUGGCCUUAAACAUAAACUGAAAGACGAAAUAAUAACUAUCACUGAUACUCCAACACCCAAAAAGAAAUUUAUUGAAAUAAUUACAAUACCUGACACACCUGUACCAAAAAAAGAACCCAUUGAAAUACAAUCUACAGAAAAUUCACCCACACCCAAGAAGAAGAGUGUUAAAGAGAUAAUGGAAGUUAUUGUUACAAAAAAAUUAAAAUCGUCGAAUGUUCGUUUACCAGCAGAUGAUACCAAAACAGUUACGGAAUCAAGUGAUGAUGAUGAAAUUAGAUAUAUGUUGAAUCCAGACUAUAAGCCAGAAGAAAGUGUCAAGGAAAAGUUUAUGAAAGUCCAAAGCCAAAGAUGUAAUUCAUUAUUUUCACCUACUUUGAAAGAUUUAAAUAAAUCAAAUUCCAAACAUACAUCAAAACUACCAAGACUCAAAUCAAAACAGAUUGAUACGAAAACUACGAAAAAUCUCCAAAAGGACAUAAUAAUGAAAGAUUCUGAUAAGGAUAUCAAAUACUCUUUUCCAAAAAAAACUCUUGAGAAAACUGGAUUGAAUUAUGACAAGAAAGUAGUAAAGAAAUCAUUAUGUGAAAAACGGAAAUCUCUUAACGGUAUAGCGAAAAGGAAAUCAUUAGGCAAGCAAAAAAUAGAAACUCCGCAGAAUAUUCGUAAACGUAAAGAAAUAGAAUACAGGUGUGACUGUGGCCAGCUAUUCAGCAGUGAUGCAUUACUAUCUCGACACACAGUGUUAGCUCACACACCUCCCCGGAGAAGGAAACAUCGCUCCCCGCCUCCAGACAAGCCAAAACCAAUUGCACAACCAAAGCCCUCAGCGCAAAAUGUUACCACAUUACAAAAAUCCAAAAUAGGUGCGGAAACACGAAAAUCUAACGUAAAUAAUAGUAAUGCAACAAAAAUUGUUAACACAACAAAAACUACACGAAGAAGUACAGCAAAUAAAGCGCCGGCACUGACUGACAAUGAGAAGGUAAAGAAAUUUACGGAUAGACCGAAUAAGUAAUGUGGCUUAAAUUGGACUGAGUAGAUUCCAAUAUUUUAUAUGGAUAGAUUAAGUCAGAAUGAUUGCUUGUGCUGUUUGAAGUCGCUGCGAGCGCUCAUAGGUAACAGACGGACCAUUAUAUUUUUACAAUCAACAUGUUUGAUAAAAUAAAAUCAUAUUUUUCUGAGUCCAGCAUCGGUGACUGAUAAGGAAAGUGGAUAAUGAUAUGUAUUUUGUCAAUUCGUUCUAAUUGUAGGUAUAGUAAGAAAAUAUAAUUUAUGUUUAUAAUUUAAUGUAUUUAGUUUUAAUGAACUGUUUUGCAAUCGAUUAUUUUAAAGGUUUUGGUUUCAUAUAUUUGUUCAAGUUUAGUCUGUACUCAUUUAUUUAGAGAUGUAUAUAUGGUAACGUAAUAAAUAUGCUCGUAUUUAUUAUGGGGUGCUAAGACAGGAUAGUCAUGCCAUAAUCCAGAAUCUUUACUCACAUCGCUUAUUGAGGUCAUUUAAAAAAAAGGUCUUGCAACCAGAAAUAUUUUAAAUAUACUGACACCAUCUUAAUAUAUUCAUUAUUAUAGUUAAGUCUAAAAAUAUGGGUAAUAGCUGGACUGUACUAGAAAUGUAUAAUUUGCCAAUUGCACCCAUCAGGUAAUGUUGACUAUUUGAAAUAGAGCUCAAUUAAAUUAAAAUCCAUGAAAGAUCACUCUUUUGUUUUUAACACAGGGUACAUUAUCUUCUAGCCCACUGUUAUUAUAGGUAUGUUAAAUUGUUACACCAUUUCCUUUUCAAUAUAAUACUCUUACCAUCUUCAAAUACUUGCACUAUUGUUUUUAAUGUGAACUCUUUUAUUUCAUUCAAUUAUAACAAAUAUAACUAGCUAAAUAGCAUCUUGUCGACUUUUGCUUGCAGCUGAUAUGAAUACUUCAAAAAUGGUCGAGAAUAAUAAUUAACUGAUACCAUAGACUCGCCCAGCCCAGUAAUGUGUGACCAAUUUUGAUUUGUGAAUGUGUUUUAGUUAGUGGCCUAGUAUUUAAAAAACUAAGAGGCUAAUGCCAAGCGUGGCUGACUGUUUGCGACUCGUCAAAUCAAAAUCAGUUACAGUAACAAUAGAUUCGCUUACCUUUUCUAUCUUGCUGUAUCUCCGUUAGAGAUGUCCUUCUAUCUCGUACGCUUUGUUCAUCUAUAUGCUAGUAUAUUGUAAGGUUAUGGUAUAUACGUUUCCCAAAGGCUAGUGAAGAAGAGUAUGACCUUUGGCUGGAUUUUGUUUACCGUUUCUUCUUUAUAUUGAACUAGCCGUUCUCGCCCUCUUCGCUGGGCGAAUUUUAAAGAAUCUAGAAUAAAUUUCGCAUCGAAUGGCGGUAGUUUCAUGUCGAUACGAUCAGUGGUUUAGACGUGAUUGAGCUUCAAACAAAGACCAUUUUCAUUAUAUAUAUAUAUAUAUAUAUAUAUAUAUGGAUAAAGAUUGAGAUUUGCCAUCACUCUCUCUUUGAAAAGUAUUUAAUGUCAGUUUGAAUCUGUUAAAAAAUGUAUGGCGAAUAGUAGUCUUAAACUUUCUAUCAAGAAGGUUAGAAUUUAUUAAAAAAUUAUUAACAAUUCACAACAAAUUUUUGCAGGCUAUCGCAUAAGGUUUAUAUGGUAAACAGAUAAGAUCAAAGCUGUCGACCUAAUAGUUAUGACAGAAGAUAGUAAAUCUAACAUUUGUAUAUUAUAGAGGCUUGAUACUUUGGAUCGGUAUAUUAUUUGUCUCCUAAAAGAAUGAGUGCAAUCUUAAAAGAAAUAUUUUAUUGCUAAUCUUCCUAUCUAUAUCCAGAUAGAAUUUUUUCAGACAGUCAACUCCAUAUUUUUUUAACAUAUUAAAUUUGAUGCUAAAUACUUUUCAUCCAUUGAACUGAUGGGUGAAGAUCACUUCCUAUUCGGAUCCUUUACAAUAUGUGAACAAAACAGAAACGACAAUUCGUCAACAUUAUUCGGGAAACAACCCAAAAAUGAUUUUAUAAAAUGUCAUGUAUUUCAAUUAUUCUCAACCGCUCUUCUUGAAAUCGAGCGCUCGAAAUUCAAAAAUCACUUUCAUCUUUUCUUUUCAAUAUUUAUAGCUUUUAAUAAAGCAAAUCUAAGCUGUGGUUUCACUCCGAUUAAAGUCAGUUGCAAGCAUAAACUUAGUAUACUAGCGUUAUAGAUGGACCCUGUGUGAAAGUGAGAUAACUAUCCUUACAUAAAAACCGAGGUGUGAAAAAGAGACGGAAUAGAUCAAGACCGUUUUGAAACAAUUUAGAGUCCAUUAGUCUCCUGUCAAAUUGGAACGCAUUUUAAUUUUAGUGAUUUUAUCGUUAUUGUUCUGUGUUUUAACGGAUAUUAAAUAAAAAAUAUAAUGGUGUCGUGUUCUGUAUUAGAUUGUGUUGUUGCAUAUAACAACAAUCCAACUAAAGAAACAUUUCACAGGUAAAUACUGAUACUUCAAUACGAAUAUAUAAUAAUAUGAGAAGACCAAGACGUUUAUUUUCUUAAGAUUAUAAUCAUUUAAGAAAAUAUGUGUUAGAUAAUAAACAAUACGUGAAUAUGACGCUUUUUAUCAAUAUUUGUCAUAGGGAUUGACCAAAAGCAAAAUACUACACACUUCACUAACACAUCUGUAAAACAAGCACACAAUGAACAUUAUAAAUUUAGUCUCGCCGUAAUGAGGAGAGUGUUUGUCUAUUACGCUAGUAUACAAGGCUUAUGGUUACAGCGAAUACCCCAUAGCCUUAUCAGAUAAAAGUUAUAAAAUAGUCAUAUUAAUACAAAUAAAAUUUUGUAUCUGUGAAAAAUAUGUAUUACUUAAAAUGUAGAUAUGUAAUAAUUGUAUUAUAUCCUGUCUUCUUUUCUUAAUAAUCUCUACCAAUUUUUUGUAUUGUUGCAACAACUUAUUUUAUGUUUCAACUUAACUUAUUAGUCUCAAGCCAUCAUAACAUCGACUUGUGAGACAGUUGGUUAAUAACCUAUUACAAAUUUGUUAUAUUAUGUAUCAUUUAUUUUAUUUGUAAAUCUAUUUGACAUUUUUUUUAAUUUUGUUGUAUUAUUUUAAUCAAUUUGUUCACGUUUUGCAAUGUGUAUAACAUAUUUUGAGAUCGCCAAUUUAGAUUUAAGACUUUUUUUACACCCACUUUAAAAAUAUGUAUAUAUCAGUUUGAAUACACCUAUUUCUAGACCAAUGUCUUCAAAGAAAAUUAUAUAUUCCCGAGCUGAUGAUUAUACCCAAUAAUAACUCUCCAAGAUCUGCUUAUAUUUCUUGUUCUGGCUAGCAACCAGUAAGGAUGUAACAAUGUGCAAAUCCUGAUGCAGAGUGUAAAAAUCCGCACUUGAAUAUCUGCCAUAUCUGGGGUCUUACAAAAUGCUGGCUUUAACUCAUUAAUCUAUGUCAUGUCGGUUAGGGAAUACUGUAGUCGGCUCGAUGGCAGAAAUUUGCAGAGAAAAGCAUGAAAAGUACAUGUUUUCAGCACUCUUGCAUUAAAUUUUCAAAAUGUUUACUUCAUUGCUUUUGUAUGUAAUAAUAUAUUGACAAUUCAUUGAUACAAACAGAAACCUAUGCCAGAUUUCCUUAUGUAAAUUUUAACAUAUCAAAACUGGUCUUUUCAGGUAAAUUUAUUUGAUUUUCAUAGAUAUGACAGAGCAUUUCAGCUUUGAUUAGUUAUAAGUGGUUAUACUAUGUGUUAUUGCCAUUAAAAAAACCGGUUGCAAUCCGGGAGAGCCGGUGGAAGUGAAAACUUGAACAUUAACGUUGUGCAUUUAUUUUGGAAUGGUUAGGGAAUAAUUUCACACGAAUUGCUUUACUUAUCAGUAUAUACUAUCAUUUAUGUGGUUAAAUACAAUAUUCUUUUAUUGCGCUAUCGUACAAAUGACAAUUUAUAUAACAUAAAAAAUAUAACUGUUCAGAACUAUUACAAUUAUUUUACAUUUUUACAGUUUAUCUCUCAGAAAAAUCAAGUUUCAUCCAUAAUAAACUGUAAAAAUAUUAUACAAUAAUUCAAUCACUGGUCCUAUGACCGUAUGAUCAUUCAUUUGAAAUAGCCGAACUGUAAUUAGUGCGAAGCAUAAAUCUUUCAUCCAAAAUGUCAACGUCUUACGAAUUUUCGAUCAGGCCACGUGUCCUGACGCGAGUUUAACAUUUUAUAGCCGUUUUCACUUCAAUAAACAUAGGCAUAACCCUCAAUGUUAACGUGUUGUAAUUUGUAAAAAUCGAAAAAUAUAAUUUUAUCUUUUAGAUGUUUUUUCGAUCUUCACAUUAUUAGUAUCUUAUUAAUAAAAUGAAUGUUAACUUGAUGUGAAUUAUUAGUGACACUUGUUGGUCAUUCUAUGUUGAUGUUUUUGUAGUUUUAAGGUCAAAUGAUAACAUAAAUGUUACGAGCUUGAUAAUUCAAAAGGAGUGGCAAACUUUAUAGUCAGUACCAAUAUUAUGAGCUUCCCCCCCUAGUGUUGCUGAUUUCUAGAUGUUAGAAUAUUUCGACAAAAUUAUGGAUGUCUUGUAUGUUAAUUGUAUAUUUUUAGAAAUAUAUCACAGUAGGCUAAAAAGAAAAUUGAAAUACAAUUAAGUAAUAAUAAUUAUUCAGAACAAACCAAAAAUACAACACUAUUUUGGAUGACGAUCUGUCUUCAUUUUUAGAAUGUUAUGUAUUACGUCUUUUCAAAAUUUUUAAUAUAUAUUAUAUGACCAAAUUAUUAAUCUGUUUUAGUUGUAGUUGAUGUAAUAAUUGUUUUUAAUUUUAAUUAACUCCUAACUAACCUUUCAAUAGAUGUAGAUAAUGUCAUGUGGAAUUAAUUUCUAGGUGCAUUUAAAUAAAAUAUAUAUUGAGUAGAUAUCUUUAUUUUUAAUAUGCUGCAAUUUUCAUUAUUGGGUUACAAUAAAAUACAAAAGUA